GAAGAUCAUUGGCAGGACCAGGUUCAUCAACCUCACAAUACAGCCCAAAGCUCGACCCAGGCAAGAGCGCACCAUCCGGUAGCCAGUCGGACUCGUACCGUCGUCCAGGUACCGCCGCCACCGGCCCACAGUCUUCGACUGCUUCCUACACCCCAACCACCGAUAUUGGAAAGUCUGCACCAUCUGGCAGCCAGUCGGACACUUACCGUCGUCCAGGUACCGCCGCCUCUGGCCCACAGUCAUCCACUGCCAACUACACCGCCACUACUGACAUUGGCAAGUCUGCCCCAUCCGGAAGCCAGUCUGACUCGUUCCGUCGCACUGGAUCUGCCUCUGGCCCACAGUCGUCCACCGCCAACUACACCGCCACCACUGACAUUGGCAAGCAGGCUCCAGCCGGCAACCAAGGUGACACUUACCGUCGCACUGGCGCCGCCUCUGGCCCACAGUCGUCGCACGCCGAGUACAACCCAGUCCUCGACCCAGGUUUAUCCACAUCCGUCUCUGGCGGUGGUGGCACUGACUACUUCUCGCACCACAACGACGAGCAGAACCAGCAGCAGCAGGAGCAGUAAGCGCGAGCGCGCGCAGCAACAACAGUUCGUCUGUCCCACCGUCUCAGCGACCAUC